CGCACGUGGACGAUCUAAGUCCAACACACGUUCUGUCAAAAAUCCUGACUGGUGUUGGUAUCACAACACCUAUGGCAAGGAAGCGAAAUGUUGUCGAAAACCUUGUGAUUUCGGCAAAGCCUCCAAGUCUGUGGGAAACUAUCCCGCCGGCACGCGUUAGCGGCAACCGUCGCCGGUGGCACUAGCCGCUUACUUUACAUCCAUGAUGUAAUUAGCCAGACUAGAUAUCUAGUCGACACAGGCGCCGAAGUCAGCGUCCUUCCUGCUACAGCAGCAGAUCGACAGAAGGAUCCUAACUUCAACCUACAGGCUGCAAAUGGAAAACCAAUUGCAACCUAUGGUCGGAAAUACGUCUAUCUGAACGUAGGUUUACGCAAACCUAUUCAGUGGAUUUUCCUAAUCGCUGACGUCACAAUGCCCAUCAUCGGCACGGACCUACUUAAUCAUCAUGAUUUGCUCGUAGACGUCCGCCGUAAACGACUAAUUGACAACACUACUAGUUUGUCUAUCAAAGGCAUAACUUACAGUGGCCCCAGCUUGUCAAUCGUUAAGAUGAAAGCAAUCCUCGAUCCAACUUUUCAACCAAUUGUUGACAAAUAUCCGGAACUGAAUUGCCCAUCUAACGAUCUCCCGUGUAUAACCAGCAAUGUUAUGCACCACAUCAUAACCUCAGGACAGCCCGUGACAUCUAAAGCACGACGACUGGCACCUGACAAACUGAGAAUUGCCAGAAACGAAUUCGAUCAUAUGCUCACCCUUGGCAUCAUUCGGCCAUCGAAUAGUCCAUGGGCAUCCCCAUUGCAUAUGGUACCGAAAAAGGAUAGCAACGAUUGGCGACCCACUGGUGAUUACAGGCGAGUGAACGCCAAAACAACUCCUGAUUGCUACCCUUUGCCUCACAUACACGACUUGACGGCAACGUUAUCUGGAGCAUCUAUAUUCUCCAAAAUCGACUUGGUUAAAGCAUAUAACCAAAUCCCGAUGGCAACGGAAGAUAUCCCGAAAACGGCUAUCAUCACGCCUUUUGGACUUUUUGAAUUCCUACGUAUGCCAUUCGGCCUCCGGAAUGCGGCCCAAACAUUCCAACGCUUCAUAAACGAAGUAUUUCGCGGUCUCGACUUUGUAUACGCAUACUUAGACGACUGCCUCAUUGCCAGUCCAGAUAAGGAAACUCACCUUAGACACUUGGACUUGGCAUUUGAAAGGUUACGCCAACAUGGUGUUACCAUCAAUAUACAGAAGUGUCAAAUAGGCGUUGACUCACUCGAUUUUCUGGGUCACACUAUUGACUGUCAGGGCAUUCGCCCACUGGCUACUUCGGUCGAUCACUCUAAGAAAACGCGUUCUGGACGUCACGUUAGAUUCCCAGAAUACCUUCACACCUAUCUCACAUAACUGAGUGACACAUCAAUUUUUUUUUAUGUUGCGUCAUUUAACACAAGUAAAUGAUAUUUUUCCUAUAACCGUACAUAAAAUUAUAUAAGAUGUAUAUUUUUUUUUCCCGAAAUUUUGAACUUUACAUUAUUUUACUGUAUAGUAGAUGCAUGUCGUAUUUUUUUGGUAAAAAUAAAACGCUUAUUUGGUACAUUUUUCUUGACAAGGUUCUCAGCAUUCUUGUUUUCUUUUCCAGGUGCAACGGGCACUGGACAGGAAACAAACGAAGCACGGGAUCCAACGAACAACACUGAGGAAGCUAUGUACAGACACCCUAUUAGCAUAGGAAGACAGACCAGCAGGCACCCCAUCAAGCCGCUCGGAAGAUUUUUUUCACCCGUCAGGGAACCAUCGAGAUUUUUUUACUUCCGGCUGGUCAUGUCUUAGGGUCCUCACAAACCCACUAGGGGGGGGAGUGAGCUGUAGCGGUAAAUAAUUCCCCAAAAUUAUUAACCACAGCAAUCAUCACUCAACAUUGGAUGCUGACCAUCACUGUUUAAGUCGACUUGUUUAGCUGAAGGCUUACGGUCAAGCAUCCCCGCCAUUUGGUGCUCCGUCGUGUCACGUGCGUGCACGAUUACUAGCUAGCUAAGCAUUCAUUCCUACCCGCGAUUUGGUCCCAAAAUAUAUAUCGUAUUUGGACGACAAAAUCUGGUCUUUUGCUUUACCAUUUGGUACUCGAAGAACGAACACUAUAGUGGUUGUUGGUAUAAGAUCUUGCGUUAGUAUAAUCCGUACAACUCGCGAACGU